GACAUGUGUUCACAGCAAAUCAGUGUUAAGGGCGACUUUAAAUUGUAACACUUAGCUUACUUGAGGCCAGCAGGAUCAGGAGAUGGUAUAAUUAAUGGUGGUUUAAAUGGAGGAAUUGAAAAUAGUCUCUAUACCUCUUACUAGGAUUUUGUCUUCUCAAAUUGCACAAAACAGAGAACUGGCUAUGGUGGUUCUAAAUGCUCUUGUUCUGAGUCAUAUUAUGGGUGAUCUUUGUUAGAACAAUAAUGGAGCAGCGAUUGUUUACGAAGUUAUUGAAACAAAAUUGGUUGUUUUUCCUCUGUGUUGCGUGUGUUGUGAAUUUUACUAACGGAAAUGGCGAAGCUUGCGGAACUAUUGACGGUGGAACUCAGUUAUUCUGCCCCAGCAGCUACCACUGCUGUAGCACGGCGGAGCACUCCUGUUGUCAGGAAGGGUACAGUUGUCACGGCUCCAACUGUAUCAGCUUCAUCGCUGUAUUUGUGAUACCUAGUGUUGUCUCAUUUGUAAUUAUAGUCACAGUCAUCGCUAAACUCAUCAAGAAAAGAAAUGUAAUAAAUACACGUGUCUGUCGACCAGGACUCACAUCAGUGGAGUAUCCGGGAAAUCUCCCUGCUUGUAACUAUUGCCAACCAGAGUCGUGUUCUUUUCUUCAGUAUUUUUACUCAGCAGUAAAAACAGGAAUUAUUAAUUGUAGAAUAAAAAAUAUUUUUGGAAAAUAUACAAAACGAGUGUUUAACAAAACCAGAUGGAUUAAUACAAACAUUGAACAGUGUCAAAUUAAUUAAAGAGGAUUUGUUUGACCUGAUUGUGGCAGUUUUCCUUAGAUCUUACAUUAUUUUACUGUCAAAGUAAAGUUUACUUUAAUACAUAUAUUUCGAAAUAAAUCUACUGCUUUUGUUGUAUAUAUAUAUGCAUAUAUAUAAGUUAUUAUGAACAUUACGUAAUUAUAUUAUAUAAUUAUGAAUAUAUGUUUCAACUUUUAAUCUUGAACCAUCAAGUACAUGUAAGUAUAAUAAGAGGUUAUCUGUACAAUGCUAUAUCAACAUAACUCUGUCAUCCCUUCUAUGAACCAGAACCCAGUAGAUGUAUAAUUUUUAUAUAACUCCAUGAACCUAAAUGCCAACUUCAGUAGUAAAAAACAUCUAAAACUGGUUACAAAAGUACAUUUAAAAUGGUUUGU